GUCAAAGGUUACAAACUUGUUGCCUGAACGACCGUGAACGAACGAGUGGAUUUUGCAACGACUUUGUUCGUUGAUCAUCAAUGGCAGAUAGGUCAUAAAUCGGGCAGCUAAGUUCAGAAACUGAGCCAGACAUCUUCAUCUUGCAUAUAUGUGCCACGACUCGUUUAGAAGUUAAAUUGUCAUAAUAGUAUUAAUACUACAGCCAACCCGAGGGGGAGGGUACGAAGGGCCACCAGAACUCACCGCAGAUUCCGAAGGUGAAAGGUGAAUUAAUCACCAAGCAGAUCUAUCGGUGGCAAAGCAGUAUCCAAAGGGCCAACCAGUAUCCAACAGACCGGGUGACCAGGCCAGGCUGUGGUUGGAUACUUCUAGUGACUCAGAAAGGAUGUCCAGGUGCAAGAAGACCCUGAUGAUUUCAGUCUUACCCUUUCCGGCUGUGGUAAGACAUGACAUGAGUAUGAAGUACGGAGACCAUCAAUUUAUUUGGGUUCCCAUGCUGAAUGAUUUGAAUAUAGACAGGUUUCCAGACCUAUUAGAGUACACAGAUAUGUUAAAGGAUAUUGUGAAGCAACAACAUGUAACUGGAGUCGUCAGCCGACUGGAUCUAGAGACUCUGGUCCAUGCUGCGCUUUCUGAAGAGUUUCCUCACAUCUCAGGCCCCACAGUGGAGUCCUGCUUCUUGGCACUUCACAAGUUCUACAGCCGGACUGUCCUUGAUCCAAACCCGAUUCCUUGUGAGGCACUUGACCUUGACUCCCCAACAUUAGAGGAGGAUGCGAACCUUGCCCUACAGAGGGUGGGACUGUCAGCUUUUCUAAAGCCUGGGCUCGGCACAGGCUCUGAAGCCAUCUAUAAGAUCAGCAGGAAAACAGAGCUACUUCCCGCUAUCUUAGAUAUAAAGGGAGCAUUGACAGGAGCAAAAUUCAACCCAUAUAAUCCCAGUAUUCACUUGUUACGUAACUUUGUCAUACAUUACCUUGAUACAAAGAAGUACCCACUGGCUCUGCGUCAAGUCAUUGUCCUUGAGAAGUACGUUGAUGUUAAGAUGAAGGUCACGGUUGAUGGUUACGUCCACAAAGGAAAAGUUAACCACCUUCUCACUACUGAGUCAGUAUAUUUUCCCUCUAGGUGGGACAAUGCAGCUGGGUACUAUCAUCCAUGCAGUGCAACUGCUCAAGUAAAAGAUGACAUUGUGAAGAUUUUUGUAAAGGUUGUGGAAGGAAUGACAGCUUUGGGUUUUGAUAACCAAGUGUUGCACGGCGAGUUUUUCGUCAAGUCUUCAGGUGCACCUUCCUUGAUAGAAAUUAAUGUAGGACGUUUGGGGUUGAGUCACCUGCAAGUGUGCCUAAGACAGGGUGAUCCUGUCAGACUGCAACUCCAGCUCGUGUCGGGAGAGGGCGUGGAUCUUCUAAGGGUUGGCGAAUGCCCGGUGUUUCUAGGAUACAUCGUUCCCCGUUCCUCUGGACCUGCCACAGAUUACAUAGACUUCGACAAGGUGGAUGAAAUCUCGCGAGAGCAAGGAGUUCACGUCGUCAUGAAGGUCGAUAAAGACGACCAAAUUACGAUGUUAGGUCAGGGUGGUGGGCUCGGGGACUAUGUAGCCAGGGUAGUGAUAAGGGGACUGAGCUAUGAGGAAUCCGUGGAAAAGUUCAAGCGCUUCAGCAAACAGAUACUUAAGAAACAAGAAUGGUAUGCAUGGUUGUAGCACAGCUUUUCUAUGUGCAAUACCGUUGCAGGUGUGUGUACU